AUGGCUUCCUGUCCUCUGAUUUGCGACACCGAGUCGUGGAAGAAUUUGAAGGUGAGAUCAAUUCUCUACCUACGCCGCUCUGGUGCUAAUCGCGGGAUUCUGUCGACAUUAACAGAGGUGUUCUCAUCCAAUUCGUCGUUUAUUAUAUUUAGACCCACGUCGAGGACAUAAAGAAGAAUCAUUUACGUGACCUCUUGAAGGAUGAGGAAAGAUGCAAGUCGAUGAUUGUGUAAGAAAUAUUGAUUCGGCUCAUAAAUAUUCUCGCAAAAAUAUCGAAAUUCUUGUACAACGUUGUCUAACUUUCAUCUAACCCUCCUCUACGCAGAGAACACGAUGGGAUAGUUUUGGACUAUUCUCGACAACAGGUCCAAAAGGAGACAAUGGAGCAGCUCUUCAAGUUAGCUGAGGUCUGAUUUCUAUUCUCCAUUCAUUUUUUUAUAAUCGAUGAUUCUGCAGAAUAACAAAUUAGUCGUCACUGUUCUCCAUAUGUAGGUAGCUCAACUCAAAGAGAAGAUCAACAAAAUGUACAGCGGAGAAAAGGUAUUCACCUAUUGCUGUUUUAUUGAGAAAACUUGUCAGAAAUAGUGAUGAUGAUUUGACGUCCUUUGGAAAAUGAUGUAAAGGGAUGUUGUCAUGGUGUUGACUAUUAAGAAGCUUAUUUCUAUUUCACUUAUUGACCUGGUUUCCUCCCAUGAACCACGAUGGGACCCAUGAAUGCUCACAGGUUAAAUAGUCUGGCAAACUGCGAAAAGGGUAGGACACCUGCAAUGUAGUCUCACCUCUUUAGUUAUUAUGUUGCAUCGAAGACAAAGACUCUACUUCAUCAAGGGUGAAAUUGUGGUCAACCGAGUAGUGUCUGCAGUUAACUAUUUUUUUUUUGUUUCUAUGACAUUGUUUAUCUAAUUAAUAUGUAAUGCAUAUAACAAUCGUUUCAGUGAUGGCACUCUAAUUCAAUGUCCCGAGUUUUUCCUUGCAAUGUAUCAUAAAUUUCAGUAGCAUAGGGUAUUAUUCUGGCAAUCUAGCACAGGUUAUCUGUGCAUAUCCCGAGUUCAUCUUCAUUCAUUAUUUUUUUGUUGAUAGAAUGCAAAAAAAUAAUAGGUCUGUGUACUGUGUAAUUGGUCAGUGUACUGUGUAAAUUUGCAAUCUCCAUGAGAGGAGCAUGCGAUAGAUAUGUGGAUGUUAAUUGCCAUUUUUGGCCUCUUUCAGAUCAACAGCACUGAGAAUAGGUCUGUGCUACAUGUGGCAUUGCGAGCUCCCAGAGAUGCUGUUAUCUACAGCAAUGGAAAUAAUGUGGUCCCAGAUGUUUGGAAUGUUUUGGAUAAAAUCAAAUCAUUUACCGAAAGUGUCAGGAAUGGCUCUUGGGUAAGGGGUGCUACAAUAUCUUUUAAUCCCGAAUACAGUGCACCGUGUCUAAACGCGUAAUUAAACUUUGGCAGGUUGGGGCCACUGGGAAAGCCUUACAGGAUGUCGUGUCAGUUGGAAUUGGUGGAAGCUUUUUGGGUCCAUUGUUUGUUCAUACAGCUCUUCAGACAGGUUCUUAUACGGGCAAUAAAAUUGAUGUUGCGAAAAACCUUCUUUACUUAAUUAAUUUUGACUAUAAUGGUUCAGCAUUCAUGGUUAAUACGAAACUCUUACAGAUGGAGAGGCUUCUGAAAGUGCAAAGGGACGACAAUUGAGAUUGUGAGUUUUCUUGUUUAUGUGCACGCAGAUUUCUGUCGUUUAGUGCUUGUAUAUCACUGGUCGAUUGAGCUUCCUGAUGCAAACUUCUUCAGAUUGUUUCAACACCUGGAUCCUUCUGCUGCGUAGCCAUUUUUGAUCUCAUGAUUGCUCCAUGUUUGUGGACUAUAGACUUUUAUUUUCCAUGGUAAUUGGAUUAUAUUUAUGCUAGUGUAGAAUAAUUUAUAAGAGAUACAUUAGGCCAUAUUACCUGGCUAUUUUUGUAAAGGUUUUUCAUAAAAUAUCAGGAAUUAUCACUAUGAAUGUACCAAAAUUUAGCAGAGAAAUCAUCUUUAUAUUUUCAAAGGUAAUUUUCUUCAUGUCCGGAGUUUUUUGUUCCAGCAUGGAAGUUAGGACUCUAUGUGUGAUUACGUGGGAUCUUUUGUUGACGUAGUCCUUUCUUAAUCAUGCUUUUAUUCAGAGGAUGCCCCUUUUUUUGGUUUGUGUGAAGCCAAAGCGCACAUAAUAUUAUCACAUUUCUGCGCAUAGUUCUUAAUCCUGAUUUUUAGUGAUUUUUCUCUGGUAGUAAGUUUUAUCCACUAUAUUUUUGCCCUUGACGAAAGUGGGCUUUAAGAUGUUUGUAGUGAGCAGCUGUUUUUACCGCUAGUUUUUCUUCUCUAUUUUUUAGCUAGGCUAAUACCUUCUAUUAUGGUCUCUCCUAUUUCUUGUUGCAUUAUGAUUAUCUUUAAUUGAUUAUGCUUCAUCUUCUCUUGUCCCCACCAUCAGUCUUGCAAAUGUUGAUCCGAUUGAUGUUGCUCGGAGUACUGCUGGUCUUAAUCCUGAGACUACAUUGGGUAUCGAUCUCCUAUAUUCAUUUGUCCUCGUGGUUUCCAUCAGCAAGUACAGUAUUUGUAUUCUUACUUUAUUUUUAUGCAUUGUUGCCUUAAAUGCAGUUGUGGUGGUCUCAAAAACUUUUACAACAGCUGAAACCAUGUUGAAUGCUCGCACAUUGAGGGAGUGGAUUUCCUCUGCACUCGGGUUAGCAUGAUUUGCUGACUAGUUUUUUAGAUGCUGAGGCCUAUCGUACCUUUUGAUUUUAUUCAAUUUGACUUAUUUUUCAGCCCUCAGUCGGUUGCAAAGCAUAUGGUCGCAGUCAGCACAAACAUUGAGGUAUAUUCAUAUUUAAACAUAUUAACACAUUGAUUUACUAAAGCUUUUGCUUCAGUAACCAUAAUGAUUUGAUUAUUUUUUUCCGUCAGACAGAUAUUUAGAUUGGCAUUCAUGGCAUUCUUUCUUCUACAAUUUGUUCAGACUAGUACAUAUUUCAUGAGUUAUGUAAUUUUCCAACAUUUGAGGCCAUUUUUUCUGCAACACAAUUCCAUGACUCUUCUCAAUACUACAAGGCUGGAUUUAUGAUUUGGUUCGUAGUCAAUAAACGGUUUUCCUACCUUGCAUGUCAUUGUUUAGGAUGACUCAAGUGUCAUUGUUUUCACGUCCAUUGGGAUCAAACGAAAAUAUUUACUUUCAAUCUUGGAUUUACCUCCAGUACAUUGGUUUCUUUGUUCAUCCGAUGUGUAAAAUCAUUCACUGAAAAUUUUCUUUGAUGCAUCUUCCGAUAAAAAAGUCAUGCAUUCAUUUGCAGUAAAUACUCAUUUCUGGCUUCUUCUACUCAAUGCAGAAAAUAAGUUUGGGUAAUGGAAUAGGAAACCGUAGUUUUUGUCUUUUCUACAUGUGAUUUCAUCUUUUCGAAUUUGAAUUUGUUCAUUUUUGUUUCUAGGCUCAAUCGUUGGUAUUUUUUCUUUAAGACGCUCCAAAUGAGAAGUUAUUUGAAUCGAUGCUGUGCUUUUAAUUUUUAUACAAUCACCUUAGUAAAUUUCUGAAGAAAAUUAUUUGGUAAAUGUGUGAUUUGAAAUGACCUUGAUAGUCAACAUGUGCCGAUGGUGCAGCUUGUAGAGAAGUUUGGAAUUGACCCUAAUAAUGCUUUUGCCUUUUGGGACUGGGUUGGAGGUCGUUAUAGUGGUAAUUAACUAAUAAUCUUUGCUUUAUGAUUUUAUUUGCUGAAUUCUCUGGCGUAUUUCCUUGCCCAUUAAUGAUUUUCUUCACAUUGUUGCAGUCUGCAGUGCUGUUGGUGUCCUUCCUUUGUCUCUGCAGUAUGGUUUCUCAGUUGUUGAAAAGUACGUGUUUCAAUAUUAAAAUCUUCAUCAUUUUGGAGGACCGAUGGCAUGUAACUCUCAUUUGUCAUACAGGAUACCACCACGCCCUUUGAUCAGUCUUUAGAUCUCUAAGAAAGAACAUAGAGUCAUGUAAUUAGGGAAUGCCCUUAGAACCCUUUAUUUAUGGAAAUAAAUGAAUUGGCUAAAUCAUUUUUUUGUGGGCUCAAAGGCACGUUUUGAUUUUGAUUAAGAGGCUGGAUGCUACCUGAACAAACUUGAACCAUGUAAUGCCAAUAAAGAGUCCCAUACAGAGAAGUGAUCGUGCUAGUUAUUCUGCUUAUUUUGUUUUUCUGCAUCGCUGUUGUGAGAUGAAAAACCUGUCAGGAUAAACACUGAAAAUGUAUACUCAUCCUUCAGAAAUUAUAUUGAUAGAAGGUCACAAUUAACGGAAUCUAAUGGUUGGAUUCUCGUGAGGGGUGUUCUGAUAAUUUUAUUUUAAUGCAGUCUUGUCGAGGGAUGAAAAAAUGUCAAUAUCAAUACUCAAAUCCUUCGGUAUCUAUGAGUCUAUGAUGAGAGAAUGACACUAAGAAUGUGAUCAUGGUUGGAUAUUCAAGUUGAGUGUGAAAAACCCUUUCUGUACAAAUAUAUGCGUAUGCAUAUAUAUGUGCAUAUAUAUAUAUAUAUAUAUAUAUAUAUGUCUUCAUGUGCUAGUGUGCCCACACAUGUGUACGUUCCCCCGUUAGCAGGUAAUAUACUCAUCUUCUUUUUAAAGUAUAUGUUUCCAUAGUAACUUCACAUAAAUCCAACUUUAUGUUGUUAUAUGUGCUCUUUACCCACCCACUACUGAUAGCAGUGGGUGGGUUGGGAGGGGGGGGGGGUUAAAAAUGUCAGAAAAGAGCAAUAGAGUGAAUACAUGAGUUGUGGGCUGGGUACAUUAGCCUUCCCUCAUAUUACGUAGAAUAAAUGACUAAUGUGCAUAAUACAGGGAUUAUCAUAUGAGUAUUGUUGCUAAUCAUCCAUUAGCUCCAUUAUGAGCUACAUGCCUGCAGUGGCCAUUAGGAUAUUUGAUCUUUGUUGACCACAGAUAGUUUACAUCACUUGCAACUUUUGCUGGUCCUGUGAUGAGAUUUCAGUUCUUUUGUGGAUGAAAAUAUUUUGAUAUUUCUUGUGAAGGUUUUUGAAUGGUGCUUCAACCAUCGACGACCAUUUUUAUUCAACUCCAUUUGAGAAGAACAUACCUGUAAGUUAUUGCCAGCCUUACUAGAUGUGGUCCUUUAAACCUUUUAAUUUUUUUAAUUCUUUGUUUGUCUCCAAACAGGUUCUUCUGGGCUUAUUAAGCCUUUGGAAUGUGUCAUUUCUUGGAUAUCCUGCCAGAGUGAGUAUUUAUGAUCCAUGUUAUAUGUUCAUUCAAGGUGUACAUGAUAACAAUAUUCUUUUUCUCAAAAUCCUUGUUAAAUAUUUUUCUUAAAAAUCUUUUAUUGUUCUAACCAGGCUAUACUACCGUACUGUCAAGCCUUGGAAAAGUUUGCACCACAUAUUCAGCAGGUACUUUGUUCUUCUUUAUGUGAACUGCAGUGUUUCCUCUGUUUUGUGACCUUGUACUUGUUUAUUCUAUGCCGCAGGUUAGCAUGGAGAGUAAUGGAAAGGGGGUAUCAAUUGAUGGGAUUCCACUUCCAUAUGAGACUGGUGAAAUUGAUUUUGGAGAGCCUGGAACAAAUGGUCAGCAUAGCUUUUACCAGCUUAUUCAUCAGGUAAUGCAUUCUACAUCAUAAAAUAUAUUGACAUAAAUGUAGUAUAUGGAUGCCUUUUAGUUUGCCCUAUUAAUUUUAGGUCGUCUAGUCUAGUUUUUCACAUGCUCGCAGUACAAAAUGCUUGCUUUUAACAGAUUCACAUAACUUGGUACAUCACAUUUUAGAUUUCAUUACAUUUUUCUUUAGAUAUCGUAAAAUCCGUUUAACAUGUGCAAGGUGUCCACUAUGAGGUCAAUCCAUGAACUGACUUACAACACUUAUAGUAAAUGAGAUGUCUGACCAAGUGAUAGUCAAGUAGAGUAGUUUGUCAAUUAGACAUCAAUGUCGUCCUGGAUCGUCUAAUAAUUCUCCUUCUACAUGAGACGACUUUAAAUGGGGAUUAAUAAGAGCAGUAACUGGUUUCGCUUUAGUCAUACUUAUCUAUGCAAAUAAAUAAAGAGUAUACUUCCGUUGGUUGAUAACAAUCUCUCCAUUAGAAUGAGCAACCUCUAUGCCAUGGAAGAACUUGAGAUUGCUGAGAUCCUUAGUGACAAGUUGACUCUGCAAAAAGGUAUUGAGGUGAGAUGUACCAACAUAAUCACUCUUAUUGAUAAUGAUGUCAUCGACAUAGACAACUAAUAAGAUACACUUAGCUGAAGAGUGUUGAUAAAAGACAUAGUGAUCAACGCCGCAUCUCUGAAGACCAAACUCACUCAAAGUGUUGCUAAACCAAUGAAUCAUGCUUGAGGAGAUUGGCUCAAAUCAUAAAGAGACUUGUGUAAUCAACAAACCAUAUUAGAGUUCCUAUGUGCAUGUCUUGGAGGCUGUGCCAUGUAUAUCUCUUCUUCUAUAGUAUCAUGAAGAAAUGUAUUCUUUAUAUCAAGUUGAUAGAGAGGCCAAAAGAAGUGAAUUGCCAAGGUAAACACAAUACGAAUUGAGGUAAUCUUAGCAACAUGUGAGAAAGUCUCUAAGUAAUCUUCAUCAUAUACUUGAGUGAAGCCCUUCGCCACCAAAUGAGUUUUCAAGUGAUCAACUGUACCAUUAGGUCUAACUUUAAUUGUAAAGACCCAUUUGUAGCCAACAACAGACUUUCUAGGAGGAUGUGGGACAAAUUCUUAAGUCUGGUUCUUCUCAAGUGUAUUCAUCUCCUCAAUCAUAAUGGCACACCAUCCGAGAUGACUUAGUGCUUCUGAAAUAAUCUUAGGAGUAGGAUAGUGAGAUAAGGUAGAUAUAAAAGUUGAGUAGGUAGGAGAUAAGUGAUGAUAGGAUACAAAGUUAGACAUGGAAUCAUUUAUACAAGAACAUUUUUCUUUUUGUGAGGUGAUUGGGAGAUCAAGAUUACUAGUCAUCGAUGUGCUCGCUUCUAGUCCAUUAGACAUGGGAAGGAUUGGUUGAGAAGUAAAUGCCUCAAGAGAUGUUGAGGGAGUAUUCCAUCGCAUGUACACCUGUGUGAUUGGAAGGCAUAUAUCUUCCACCCUAUCAUCUAAUUACUUGAGAAUCGCACUAAGAUUAUCCACAAAGAUGGGCUCUAUAAUAAUUGGUAGAGAUAAUGAUUCAUUUAGAUAAUUAAUACAUUGUGACAUAAUGAAAAAAGAGAUACUCUUAAAGAAUGUAAAAUCAGCAGAAAUAGUGUCUAUGAAAUGAAGCUUGUAAGAAUGAAGGAUAAAACACAUUUCACAGACUUAGGACUAAGUUUAUCUUGACAUAUAUCUAAAUGAUGGACAAAACAUGUACAUCCAAAAAUCUUUGGUGGAUUAGUAGGAUAAAGAAUAGAAUAUGGAGUCUUUUGAUUUAAAAUUGAUGAUGACAUUCGAUUAAUUAAAUAGGUGGAUGGAAGAACAUCAUCACCUCAUAAUUCAAGUGGGACAUUCAUAUGUAAAGUAAUGUAUGAGCUGUUUCGAUGAUAUGACGGUUUUUCCUCUCCCUUAUUCCAUUUUGUUGAAAAGUUUAAGGAUAUGAUGAUUGAUGAAUAAUCUCAUGGGUGGUCAGUAUUGUGUAAAGGAUGAAUUAAAAUACUCUUUUGCAUUAUCAUAACGAAGUAUUUGAAUAUUCUUGCCAAAUUGAUUCUUAAUUUCAGCACAAAAUGAGCAAAAAUGGUAAGUAACUCUGGUUAAACUCUCAUGAGAUACGACUAGGUAAUACGAAAAUGAUCAUCAAGGAAAGUAACAAAAUGUUUUAAACUAAAUUUAGAAGUAACUUGACUAAGACCUCGUACAUCAGAAUGGAUUAAAUCAAAAACAAACUUUGCUCUUGAAAGAGCCCUGGGUCCGAAGCUAUAAUGAUGAUGUUUACCUAAUUGAUAUGAUUCACACUCUAAUACUUCUAGAUUAGACAAAUUAAGUAUCAUCAAUUUGAGUUUUUCUAGAGAUACAUGACCUAGUUGAUUAUGGACUUGAAGAGGUAAAGCAUCAAAUACACAUGGCUGAAGAAGCUUUUCCCAAGUAGUAUAGGCCUCCAUUUUCAUAUCUUUCGCCAAUCUCCUCCAUAUCUUUAAGUCCUGAAUGAAGUAUGAAUUGGGAAAGAAAGUUAUUGCAGCUUGCAGGGAUUGAGUGAGUUUACUAAUAGAAAUAAGGUUAAACGGGAAUUUAGGUAUGUGUAAAACUGAUUUAAGAGGAAGGUUGUGGUUAGGAUAUAAGGACCUUAUACCUGUGAUGUGUAGUAGAGCCAUCUACUAAGGUGAUAGUAGAAAGACCAUGGUGACUAAAAUGGGAUAUGAAAUUGUUGGAUAUACCUAUAAUAUGAUCAGUAGCACUAGAGUCAAGAAUCCAACAGGGUGAUUCACUUGAAGAGGAUUUGGAUGUGUGAGAGAAGCACAUUGUAGAUGUCCUAGGUGUAUAUGGAGUGGUAACUAGUAUUGAUGCUUGUUGGGCAGCUAUAAACUAGAGCAUGUGAGCAUACUCCUCACUAGAGAGUGACAUGAGAUGUGGGCCUUGAGAUCCUUCAUCUUCUCCUCCUACAACAACAUUGGCGGUUAUAAGAGGAUGACCAUGAAAUGCAUAACACCUAUUCCUUGUGUGCCCCUUUUUGCCACAAUUUGUGUACUCAUAUUUUUGGCGAUCUCCAGAUGCUCUACCUCCACCCCCCCCUCUCUGAACGACCACCAUGAGAGUGCCCACUAGAGGGUUGCUGAGUGGACACUAAUGCUGUGUUCUCCACAAGGGGUGUGGUUUUUGGAGUGCCAUGGUCUAGAAGAGCAUGAGAGACACGUUGAUAGGCUUCAACAAGUGUUGGCAGCUCAGUCUUUGCUAGUAUUUGAUUGCGAACGCUCUCAUAUUCAGGAUGAAGUCUACUAAGGAACUUCAUUGCUUCUGCAUCAGUUGGAGAUUAGUAGAUAAAGAAAGUAAUGAGUUAAGAUCUUAAGUAAGGUGUGUUAUCUCACAAAAAUAUUGACUUAGAUCUGUAUCACCUUGCCUUAAUCUGUAAUACUCUACAGUCAUAUCAUAGAUAUGAGAAAUAUUGUUGGAAUACAUCAAUGCAAGGUGAUCUCAUGCUGCCUUGCAUGUCUCCAUAUUAUUCACCAACUGAGCAGUGUGAGUCUCCAUAGAAUUCCAUAGUAGAUUUAAUAGGACUACAUCAUGUUGCUCCCACUGAGCACGGAGAUUAGGGUUAGAUGGCACACCUUCAAGUAGAUGAUUAAUUUUGCCUUGUCCCUUGAAAUAAAUCAGCAUUGAUCGUUGCCAAUGAUGAUAAUUCCUUCAUGUCAGCUUGUGACUUGUUAUGAAGUUACCUUGUAUGGUAAGUGGAACAAAAGUUUUAUGUCCUUUUGUCAUAGUUUACCACGGAAAGGAAUACAGUGGAGGUGGAAAACCUCGUCAAAAAAGUGACACUUGGCAAAGGGGGAGUGUUUCACCGGAAAGGUACUUGACAAGGCCUCGCUGGACAAAGAAGGGUUUGAAACCCUAACUUGUAACAUGUAUGUCUCCAAACAGAGGCGAUAACAGCAGAUAGAAGACAUCGGAUACCGCCGGACCCCGGUGGUCGCAGUGAUGGCACUCCCUCCAGACAACAGAUGUCGGACAGAGCCGACGAAAUCCUGGCAGAAUAAACUCGCUCUGAUACAAUGUAGAAAGUGAAAAUGGCAAAAAGCAAGCCCGAUAAUGAUCAUGGUCUAGAGUUUAUAUCUGAACCCUAAACCAUAACAUAAAGGGGCAUAACUUUAGUUUGGCCACUAGGAUGGGCGGUAACAUAAGGGGUCCAUUACAUUUGACAUUGGCAAUGGGCCAUAGUUGAUGCCCAACGGAACCUUUAAUGUUCAGUUGCUCAGAAAUAAACUUCUUCUUUGUACACCAUUGGAUGGCUUAAUGAUUCAUUUGGAUACGAAAGUCUAUCCAUUUUUCUAACUGUCUAUAGUUCUCUAGGAUCAGAAUGAGGUGCUGCUUUUAUGACGAUUCUAUUCAUAGCAGUACAAUACGAAAUUGAAAACAGGUAGACAGAUGGAUAUAUAUUUGAGACAUAAAUGAGGAAAUAAAUUUUUAUCUUAGUGUAUAUAACAGUGAACCGAGGUUACGUAAAUUUAAAGGACGUUUUUUCUUCUGCAUUUAUGAACCAUAUUGCAUUUUCCAUUGACCAAGAACUAGAAAACAUAUUGUCAGGAAUAGGUUCCUUUUGGACACCGUGAUUUGGAUACUCUUUAGCUAUCAAUCCCAAGGCUGACUGUUAUUUCUGUAUAUGCACUUAUACUUUCUAUUGUCUAUUUGAUAUUUCCUGUAUAAGAUUUGUUGCAUGUUUUAUUGCAUUAUUAGGAGGCUUUAUUUAUGAAAUAUUUUGAUCUGGCUGAAAUUAUUCAUUAAAUAUUUUUAGUGCAUCCGUAAGUCAAGUUAUGAAAUUAGUUAAUACGAUCCCCUUCUCUCCUCUUGGACAAAGAAGGGAAAACGAGUAAUGUAUUCAAGGAAAACAGAGAAAACAAUGAAUAGACGGAAAUUAGUUUGAGAGAAUUCCCACUCUCCCUUUCCUCUCGUGACCUUCUACCACAAUACCCCUUCUUAUUCACAGAGGAGGGUACUUAUAUUGUUCAGCUUGUUUCUAUCCCAAUGUUUACUACAGUAGCUUCUAGACUGUUCUCUAUGGUGAAUAUGUCUUUAGGGGUACCAUAUCAUAUUACUUUGGCAAGUGUUUUACCCCGGACAGAUAAAGAGAAAUCUCAUUAACCCGAUCAACUUAAAAGCUUCAGGGCUUGUAGUAUUUGGGGAUGAUGCUCAUACUUUCUUCAAAUUAAUUACAAUUAUCAUUGUUGCGAACUGGUUUUGGUGCUUCAAAGGUUCACUUCAAUUUUGUGACCAGUAAAUAAAUAUCAUGAGGAAGUUCAAUCUUCCCUUUGGCUAGUCAAGACAAGUGUUCCCUAUGUGGAUUAUGCAGUCACCUAGACAGUCUGCACAUUGAGAUCAUCCUAUUUGCAACAGAUUUCAUCAAAUUCUCUAAAAAAUAUGAGGUUCACAUGGGUCUUUGCCACCAUGUCCAUGGGGUCCAUUUAUUUUAGAAGCCUUUUUUGACGUGGAUUGUUAACUUGGGAGAUCUUGGAUUGCACAGAGGAUGGCGGGGUACUGGUUUGCAGAAGGGCAUAAAAUAUUAAGCUUAUUUAUAUAUUUAUUUAUUUAUUAAUUUUUUGGUUUCCCAGUGAUGGACUACUUUGUUCCUCAUGAUCUGUUCCUGGAGACAGUCUUGUCCUUCCUGCUGUUCUUAUCGAGAUCUUCCUGUGAAACUUUCAGGGAAGGAUCAUUCCAUGCGACUUUAUCGGUAUCAUGAAAAGUCAACAACCCGUUUACCUGAAAGGUACCAGUAACCGUGUGCCAUCUAAAUGAUUAGGGUUCUAUCAUGAUUUCUGGGUCCUCUCUGCCGCAUUUAGUAAUGAUCGCCCUUCUAUCUUCCAGGUGAAUUGGUUAAUAACCACGACGAACUCAUGUCUAAUUUUUUUGCACAGCCAGAUGCUCUUGCCUUUGGGAAGGUUGGUGAUUUUUGGUUUUCACGUUUUUUUUUUUAAAGUGCUCACUCUCUCAUAGUCAUGAGUUAUGGAUGAUAUCCAGACGCCUGAGCAGUUGACCAAUGAGAAAGUUCCCCAUCAUCUUGUUUCUCACAAGGUUGACUUCCCCCCCUCCCUCCUAUGUGGUCAACUAGUUUGUUCUCUAUCGUUUCAGAAAUUGGGUUUCCUUCUAAUUGUGGAAAUUGUAGACCUUCUCAGGGAACCGGCCGUCGCUAAGCAUUUUGCUUCCUACUCUGACAGCAUACAACAUUGGACAGGUGAGUGAAGGUCUUGGGAUAUUCAUAUUAGGGACGACUUAUUUCCUGUUACUUUAUUACUUCUUUUGGGUGUGCUCUUCUGCUUAUCGUUGACAUUAUUCUCGAAUAUUUCCCAAUUAGGAAAUCCUUAUCCUUUUUCCUGGAUUUUCUCUUCUAUUGAUCUAAUAGUCUUCUGGUUGGGUAUCUUUUUUUUUUUUUUCUCAACUUAUUAAAUACUCACAAUAUUUGUUUUCUCCAUUUAUUUUAUCUCUAUAUUUCCUUUUUCUUUGAACAACUUUACAGAUUAAUCAAUACUAUUUUUGCGAGAGAAUAUGGGUUCCGCUCACCCCCUGUUUCUGCCAAUGAUUGCAGCUUUUGGCGAUGUAUGAGCACAGAGUCGCGGUUGAAGGUUUUAUAUGGGGAAUCAACUCAUUUGACCAGUGGGGCGUGGAGUUGGGCAAGGUCUGUUCUUGAGGAUUAUCUCGGGGGGCCCACCUUUAUUUAUUUACUUAAUAUCCACAUUAUUAUUAUUCUGUUUGAUCUUGAUGUCCGAUUAAUUUUUCGUUAAACCUUUGGAUUAACAGUCGCUGGCCUCUCAAGUGAGGAAGCAGCUCCACUCUUCCCGCACGGCCGGGGAGCCCAUCAAGGGAUUCAACUACAGCACCUCCACAUUGCUGCAGAGAUAUCUCGAGGUCCGUCCAUGUCUGAACCAGUCCAAGUCUUCUCUUGGGUCUCAAAAUUUAUCAUCUCUCUCUCUCUCUCUCUCUGUCUCUCCCUCCCUCUUACGUGACCCUUUCAAGUUCUGCACUUGAUAACCUCUCUCUCUCUCUCUCUCUCUCUCUCUCUCUCUCUCUUAUACGUGGCCCUGUCAAGUUCUACACUUGAUAACCUCUCUCUCUCUCUCUCUCUUAUGACUCUGUGACUCUUUCUGUCUGGCUCUCUCUUCUCACAGGCUGAGUCGGGGAUCUCCAGUGCUUCCACGGUGCUUCCAAGUACCUGA